GCUUUUACAUUAACAAGUAAGUCAUUUUCAGCUGUUUUGACAAUUUCUUGUGCCGCCAAAGUUGAACGAAAACCAUAUUAUUUAUUGUUUAAUUCAAAUAUAAACGAUGAAUUAAAUAGUUUAUUUGAAAUAACAAUGUCAAAAAGAUUUUUUCCUCAGCAGCCUGGUGAAAGAAAGAAGGCUAAGUUAGAUAUUACUAUAUCAGAUCACAAUUUUCCUCUCAGUCAAAAUGCAGCUGCAAAUAAUGAUUUCGAUAACUGGGGCGACGACAAUGACGACGAAAUGCUGCUCAUGGCGAGCCAGGCGUGCGAGCAGGCCUACGGCAACAACACCACCCUCCCAGACUUCAGCCUCUGUAUGCAGCCAGGUGCUACCAGCACCCAAAUGUUUCCAGAACCUGGCCCUAGUAAAGAAUUCACGUUCAAAAAACCCACCGCAAACUCCCCACACCUAACAUCUACCCAUUUAAAAGAUAAGUGUACUAGAAUCUCCUCUCCACUACCCGGUAUGUCAUCAAAAGUAAUAUCAAAUGGUGAGACAAUGAAAUACAAUGAUGAUUUAAUCUAUAAUGACAAAGUGUAUAAAGGGCAAGACCCAGACCAUGUUUACCGACAACUUCUCCAGUUACAAGAAGAGAAUGCAAAAUUGAAGUCUGAGAAUGGUAAAUUAAUGGAUAAGUGUGUGACAAAGGAAGGUGAAGCCUCUAUUCUUCGAACGCAGCUCAAGUCUUGUCAGGUGGCCGUGGAUAACGCUAGAAUGGAGAAGAUAAAAGCUCAAGAGAAGGUGCAAAUGGAAUGGACUGAAAAAUUAGGGGCUGUUAAUGGACAAAUGCAUGAUUUGAGGACACAAUUGGAUUUUAAGAAUUUGGAAAUAAUCAGCAUUAAGGAGAGAUGCAGGAUGCUAGAAUCCACCAAAGUGAAAUUAACUCAAGUCACUGUUCCAAGUAAUGAAAUAUCCUCAAGCCACCGACACAACAAUAUGAGCUUCAAUCACAACCUGUCUCAGAGGAGGGUAAAAACAUCUUCUGCUGCUGCCCAGACUGACAGCAAGGCCCAUUUCUUGAAGCUCCACAAAUCGCACAAAUCUGCAACACCAAACCUCACCAGCUUGCUCCCCGCAAUCCUCGAGCCCACUACUGAGCAGCCCUCACUCCUAGAUUGUAAUGAGAAGCUACAAACAGAUCUGGACCAGACCCAACGCCCGUGUCGGGUGUUUAGCACCUUCCAUCGAGUACCUGCCAAUAGGGUGUUAAGACAGAGAGGUGGAAAUAUGUCUGUUGGGUGUAUACAUGAGGAUUUAACUAGUAUAGCUAAUGGUGAAAAUGUAGCAGAGAAACUUGACAAGAUCGUAAAAGCAACAUGUGCCGUGUUAACACAAGUGCAACAGCAAUUAAAGGAAGUGCAAUCACGAAUGACGACUGCAUUCCAACGGGACAUGGACCAGCGGUACAUCGACGUUUCCGGUACAUUUGUACCGGUAACGAAGCGGAUGUUACUCUCUGGCAGAGCACUAUAUAAAGAAGAGCAGGGCAUUCUCGCGCGACGAAUGGUGGCCACUAUAGCGUUCCUACUCGACCGCGCAACCAACAUAGUGCCAAAGGAACAAGCCAAGAAGAUGACUCAAAGUGUGACCGACGGAAUCCUACAUGUUUUAAGUGAUGUCUGCUCUUUACUUGACUCCACGAGUUGCGCCACCCUCUACAACGGCCUCCUCUACUCCACCGCCCUCCUGCCCCUCCGCGCCCUCCUGAAGCCCCUCAUCGCGUGCCGCCCCAUGCCUUCCGUCUCCUGCCGGAUAUUGAGGGUGCUGAGGAGAACUCAGGAGGGGGUGUGUGGCGGGAGUGGGAGUAUGAGGAUGGACUUGGAGCAGGGAGUGUUGCUUUAUAAGAAAGAUUCGUGCCAUCUCCACGUCCUCUUGAAGCAAAUCGAAGUGGCGCUGAAGUGUAUAGAGAAACAGAACUUAGUCUCAGAAGCGCUCAGUACAGCGCAGGACCUGCUUGGGUUCUACACCAACUACGCUAGACAUAAUCCACAGGAAAACAGGUGCGAUUGUCAACUUGUGCUGGUGCAAGUCCUAGUAUACGCCCUGAGGAUAUGUUCUCUCAUGUUGAAGGCCUGUCAAUCAUCCAAAGAUAAGAAUUUGUCACCGGAGUUAGUAUCCACAUGCCGCGCGGGCGUGCUGGUGCUGCAGCAGCGGGGCUCGCGCUCGGCGGAGUGGGGCGGCGCGGAGGGGCCCGCGCUCGACUUCCUCCACUCCGCGAGGAGCGGCCCCCAGCCCGAGCUGUUCGGUAAGUAUCCACAUGCCGCGCGGGCGUGCUGGUGCUGCAGCAGCGGGGCUCGCGCUCGGCGGAGUGGGGCGGCGCGGAGGGGCCCGCGCUCGACUUCCUCCACUCCGCGAGGAGCGGCCCCCAGCCCGAGCUGUUCGCAGCGGGGCUCGCGCUCGGCGGAGUGGGGCGGCGCGGAGGGGCCCGCGCUCGACUUCCUCCACUCCGCGAGGAGCGGCCCCCAGCCCGAGCUGUUCGUAUCCACAUGCCGCGCGGGCGUGCUGGUGCUGCAGCAGCGGGGGUCGCGCUCGGCGGAGUGGGGCGGCGCGGAGGGGCCCGCGCUCGACUUCCUCCACUCCGCGAGGAGCGGCCCCCAGCCCGAGCUGUUCGUAUCCACAUGCCGCGCGGGCGUGCUGGUGCUGCAGCAGCGGGGGUCGCGCUCGGCGGAGUGGGGCGGCGCGGAGGGGCCCGCGCUCGACUUCCUCCACUCCGCGAGGAGCGGCCCCCAGCCCGAGCUGUUCGAAAACAUGUUGAUAGAGUUAGCGGGGACAUUCCAAUGCGCGACAGAAGAUCCCCCGCCAUCUUAUCACAGACAAGCGUGGAUCAAGAGCUUCGACGCCUUCUCUCUGGCCGACUGAUUGAUCAACACAUCAUAUUUCCGUAGAUACCUGGAUUAAAACUGAUAUCUACUCUGACCAAGCUAACUUGGCAUUAAACAUGCAUAUGUCGCAGCUAUCUGAUUUGCAGUACCGGCCAAAAAUGUAUCACCUUCAGCUUUUUGCGGUAGACAUGUGUCGUUCACGAGUGAGUGAUUUAAAUGAACUAUAUUUUUAAUUGAUGAUUUAACUCACCCAGUAAGUCAUCUAUCUCAGUGACACUUGCUCGCUCCUUCCCACUCAUGAUUCGAAUGAGCCGGCCGAGCGUGACGAACGAGUGAGACGAUGCGAAUGUGUUUCCGAGCGGUUCGGAAGAAUUCGGAGGUUGCCCUAUAAGGGUUCCGUUUUUUCCUUUUGAGGUAUAGACCUCUAAAAAUCUGCGAGCUUUAGGAUCAUUAAAGUUUGACUGCUCGAGCAUUCAAUGUACGAAAUGAUUUUUUACUCAAACUUGCAAUGAAAUGUUACAUGACGUACUUCAAAUUAGGCCCGGAAAUACUACGUAUCCAGUGCGAUGAGUGAAGAUGAUAUAUGUAAAGGAAUUUCAUACAGCCUUACACACCUAGGCCUGUAAAAGCAACCUUCUUUUGUUUUUAAACGUCAAAUUGUGACAACGUCUUGGCAUUCAACCAUCAAAUAGUAGUAGAUUAGUAAUUAGUUUUUAGUUGUGUAAACCUAUGAUUACAACAAAUUGACUAAGUAUAAUUUGUUUUUAUUUCAUUGCAAGUUUGAGGAAAGCACUAUACAAAUCUCGGCGAGAAACGGGGUUGCCGACCGCGUAUCCCUAUCGACCUCGCUACGCUCGGUCUAUAUCUAAUACUUAGCCUACAACCCGUCGUUUCCCGACCUCUAUAGCAAUGUACGUGUUACUUUGCUGGACGUGUUACUUUGUACUCCAAUGGUAUAAUGAAUUUAUCUUGUAAAUAUUGUACAUUGAACUAUUGUAGUUGAUUAAAGUUUUUAAUACCUA